AUGGAAGCGAAAAAUAAAACAAAACCAAAAUCCACUAAAUAAAAAGCAAAACUAUAAUAAAUAAUGGCAAUUAGUUUUGAAAGUCUAUCAAAAAAGAGUGGUCCUUCUGAAAAUUAGAAAAAUACAAUUUAAGAUGAUUAAAAUGAAUCUGCAUAAUAGUUUUAGAAAAUUUCUGAAGAUGAAUAUUAAAAUUAAUUAGAUGCUUAUUAUUAAGAAUAAAAUAAAAGAUUUUCAUUUAGUUAGCCUAUGCCUGAUUAGUAUUAAGUUUAAUUGAAAUAAUAACCAUAAUAAUAUUAAUAAUUGUUGAAUAAAUAAUAAGAUGUUGUUCCAGUAUCUCCAAAAUAUAAGCAGUCUUAAAAUUAGAAUUAAAAUCAAUAAAAAUAAAUAUAAUAAUAGCAAACAAAAUAUGAAGAAUAAAAUAUAGAUGAGUUAAAUUUAACAAAUAUAACAUAAUAAAGUCCUGUCUUUAUUCCAUAACUACCUAUCAGUCAAGUGUUUUAAUAAUAAUAAUUGGAUAAAAGUACAAAAAAAUCAAGUCUUCAUCAUGAAGAGUUAUUUUAAAUAAAUUCUUAAUUAAAUGAUAGUGAAGAUAUACCAUAAAUGAAAAAGAUGUCAAUAAAAUCAGAACAUAUAAAAAAAUAAUCUCGAUAAAAUAAUUCAAAUACAAAUAAUAUUAGCAAUAUUUUGGAUAAUUUUUUAAGUCAUCGAUAAAAAGUAAAUGAUUAAUCUGGACUUUAUUAAUCAGAAUUAUUCGAUGCACCAUAAUUAUAACAUUUUGGCGGAGGUUAAAAUGAAUAAUCUUUAAUUUAAUAAUAAUCACUUUUACAAUCAAUUCAUAAUGAAACUAUAGAAAUUGUUAAAGACAAUAUCUAAUAAUAUCAUUUUGAUGAUAUUUAUUAAAAUGCAAGAAAGGAUUCUUCUAUAUAAAAAUCGUUGGUGAAUGAUAAAGAGGAAGAGGAUUUAGAUAAUUUAUUAUAAGAUUUGUAUGAAUGUACAACAAAAUAAAUUCCAAAAUAAGUUAUUGAGACAAACUCAAAUUAAGUAAAUUAGAAAGCUAAAGAAGUAAUAAAUAAUGUCUUUGAUAACACACCUUAAGAAAAUUAACCAUAAAAUAGUAAGAUACUUCCUUAUUUAACAGGUAGUAAAAUUGUUAGUGAAUAAAAAAAUGAUAAUUAGAGUCCUGCUUAAAAAAACAAACUAUAAGAUGAGGUUGACAAAUUAACUACUUAAGAAAAAAAUAUGAUCAAUAUUGAAGAUUAUUUUACUAAUAAAUAAAAAUCAUCAUAAAACUCAUAGAGUAAUUAACCAUUUAAAAAUUAAUAAAAUAAUAAUAAAGAAACGUAUCAUUAUUAAUCUAUUUAAGAUAAGUUGAAAAAUUCAAUUUAAAUUAAAGAGGCUGACAACUAAAAUUAAUAAUAAUAAUAAUAAAUAAAUUUAACUACUAAACCUUUUUAAAUAAGUUCAACUGAUAGAAAUUUUAAAGCUAAACAAUGUUUUGGUUACGAAUUAACUUUUAGGUAACAUUAAAAAAAUUUACUUACUAUUUCUUAAUAUCUUUUUAAAUAUUCUAAAUUAAUUUAAGAACCAAAUUAAAAAAGAUUAUCAGAAAUUAAAAUUGAAACUGUAAUUGAUAAUAAUAAAAAUCAUUAAAUAUAAUGUGAUUAGUAUGAUGCUUAAUAAUUUAAAAAUUUAUUAAAAGAAAAAGAUCCUGAGUUUUUUUAAUUAUGUUCAACUAAUUAUAUUUUAUUUUAAUAAGGAGAUAGUAAUUAAAAUAAUUCAGUCUGGACUACUUGCUAUAUGUUAUCUGAUAAAUUAAAAUCUUAUUUAUUUUCUUUAGGAUUUACUAUUGAUGAUGUAAAUCUGGAAAACAUUUUAAAAGAAGUUUAUUUACGUUAAGAGAGAUAAAAAAAAGAUAAAUAUUAAUUAGAUUUGGAUGCUUCUUAUUUUAGUGUAUAUUUAGCAUUUAAAUAAAUUUAUCCUAAUUUUGAUAAAUUAUUGGAAGUUUUAAAGUUUUUUUCAGAUCAAGAAACAGCCUUAAUUGAAAUAUCUGUAGUAAAGUUAGUAUUGAAUUAAUUGUUGGAUGAUAAUUAGAUAAAUAAUGUUUUAAAAUGGUCAGACUAAUCUAUAAAAUAUGAUUAAUUAUUUAAAGUGUUAACUUUGUUACCAUAUUGA